AUAAACCUUACACUAUAUAAUCGAGGUCCUUUCAAUUUAUAUAAUUAUUAACUUUUCAUUUCAAUUUGAAGGAUGAGUUCCCUUCAUUCGGUUUCAGCAGCGAUUGUCUAUACUAAAUGCGACCCAAUUCGCCAACCCCUUUCCUUCUACAAAGCCAAAACCAAACCUCACAAUCUCAGUUGCUCCAUUCGCCACCCUUCUAAUAAGCUCAGAGUUCCAGCCCUCAAAAGCGACCCCUCCGAGUCGCAUCACACUCGUAACUUUGCCGAUGAUGAAAGAGCUGAGAAACUCCCAUUGCGUCAAAAAGAUGCAAAUUUUGAUUCGGGAUGGUUGCCUGCUUUUCCCCACGUUCUUGUUGCUUCGAUGUCCAAUUUUAUAUUUGGGUAUCACAUUGGAGUCAUGAAUGGUCCCAUUGUUUCCAUUGCUCGGGAGCUAGGUUUUGAAGGAAACUCUUUGAUCGAGGGACUCGUGGUCAGUAUAUUUAUUGCUGGUGCAUUUAUAGGGAGCAUAAGCUCUGGUUCGUUGGUGGAUAGACUUGGUUGUCGGCUCACAUUUCAGUUUGAUAGCAUACCCUUAAUCCUUGGGGCAAUAAUAAGUGCACAAGCUCACUCCUUGAAUGAGAUAAUUGGGGGAAGACUUCUUGUUGGUCUUGGUAUAGGUGUUAAUACGGUUCUUGUUCCAAUAUAUAUCUCCGAGGUAGCUCCAACAAAAUAUAGGGGUGCCCUGGGGUCUUUAUGUCAAAUUGGCACUUGCCUUGGCAUUAUUACUUCACUAAUUCUUGGAAUACCCUCUAAGAAUGAUCCACAUUGGUGGAGGACAAUGCUCUAUAUUGCUAGCAUCCCGGGUAUUCUGGUUGCAAUUGGUAUGCAGUUUACCGUUGAUAGUCCACGGUGGCUUUGCAAGGCUGGGAGAAUAAAUGAUGCUAAAACAGUAAUACGUGAGCUUUGGGGGGAAUCCCAAAUUGAUAGCGCAAUUGAGGAAUUUCAGUCAGUCUGCAAGAAUGAUGGUUGCAAUUCGGACAGCAGAUGGUCAGAGAUCUUGGAGGAGCCACAUUCUAGAGUUGCCUUUAUUGGAGGUGCUCUUUUUGUACUGCAGCAGUUUGCAGGCAUUAAUGGAGUUCUUUAUUUUUCAUCGUUGACCUUUCAAAAAGUUGGAGUUGAAAGUAGUGCUGUAGCAAGCUUGUUUGUUGGGCUUACUAAUUUUGCCGGUGCACUCUGUGCAUUAUACUUAAUUGAUAGGGAAGGGAGACAGAAACUUCUAAUAGGAAGCUACUUAGGAAUGGCAAUUUCAAUGUUUCUUGUGUCAUCUGCUAUCUUCUGUCCAUUGGACGAACAACUCAGCAACAACUUAUCAAUACUGGGAACUAUUAUGUAUAUAUUCUCUUUUGCAAUUGGAGCUGGACCCGUAACUGGCAUCAUUAUAUCAGAGCUUAGCAGUACCAGGACACGAGGGAAGAUCAUGGGAUUAAGUUUUUCUACCCAUUGGGUGUGCAAUUUUAUUGUGGGAUUAUUUUUCCUUGAGUUGGUGGAGAAAUUUGGAGUAGCACCUAUAUAUGCCAGCUUUGGAGCAGUUUCCCUAUCAGCUGCAACAUUUUCCUAUUACUUCUUAGUCGAAACCAAGGGUCGCUCUUUAGAAGAAAUUGAACGAUCCUUAAAUGUGAAAGCUUGAACCAGUGAAUCUCAUGGUGUACCAAUCCAUGUAUUUUGGAAAGUUUUGUUUUGGCGUUAAGCAUCAACAUGAGACUAACUGAUAGCAAAUCCGGAUGUUUGAAGAUUGAUUUUAUGUAAUCUAAGCAACAUAAUUUGGCAUUACCACAACUUUGAUAUAUUGAAUCAGUUUGUGGUUUGAAUAUUAAAUGUAAGAAUUCAUCAUUAAAAUGUGAUAUAUUUACUUUAAUCGUCGAAUUAAGGUAUCAGUUGGUAAGAUGUCUAGGUAAGAUUUUGCAUGUUACAAUUAUUUGUGUAAUGAACUUAAUUUUAUUUACUAAGCUAAGAUUUGUGCGUUGAUAAAAAGUGCUAGAAUGAAUGAGGGGAUGGUCUUU